UGGUUAUUGAUCACCGCCUGAACCCUUCCCGCGUCUCCCUCCCGCUCUCGACCCAACAACCACCCCCAACUCCCCCACCCUCCGAGUUUAUUGUUAGCCAAACCUUCCCUCGGCGCGAACGCGUCGCUAAAUCCAUCGCACUCUCCUAGACGCGACUCAACCUGACGAGUAAAACAUCUGCGACGACGACAACACCCUCGACAACCCACACACCCUACCGCGACAAUGGGUCGCUCAGCUCGUGCGUCUCACGGCGAAGUGUCGGCUGCGGAGGGCGGCGAGCAUGUCAACCCCAAGGUUCUAGAUUUCGACCAGCCACUGCUAUCGAAGUCCGGCAAACCGAUUGAAGUGGACAAGCUCGUUUCGCACUUGAAAACGCUGCAGAAAGAAGUACAGGACCUGGAGCAGGAGGGUGUCGACCGCCCGAGCCUGGCUACGCCUGCGAAGGAAUUGGCGUCGGUGAAAUUACUGCAACAUCCAGACGAAGGUGUUGUGGCGUACACCGCAUGUUGCCUGGCGGACAUGCUGCGGCUGCACGCGCCGGAUGCGCCCUACACCGCGAAACAACUGAAGGACAUCUUCGCAUGCUUCGUCAAGUGCCUCAAAGGCCUUGAAAACCCCGAUGCGCCCUUCUACCAACAAUACAUGUAUCUGCUGGAUUCUCUGUCGACCGUCAAGUCCGUAGUUUUGAUCUCCGACAUUCCCGACGGCGAUGAAAUCACCAAGGAGCUUUUCACCACAUUCUUCGACAUUGCGAAGCCGGAGGGUCCGAAAAAUGUGGAAUUCCAGAUGACCGAUAUUCUAUGUCAGCUUAUCGAGGAAUGUCCCUCUCUACCUCCCGAAGUGGUUGAUGUCAUCUGCAUCCAGUUUCUGCGAACCCAAGUGGAACCGGAAAAGCCUGCGAAGAAGGGUGCUCUGUCGGCGCGUGCGGAUCCCCGGCUCGACGACAGACAGAAAAAACUCACAAAUAAGGUUCUCCCACCAGCGUACGCAAUGGCGAAACAGAUCUGUCUUGCCUGCGUCGACAAGAUGGCUCGCUACAUCUGCCGAUAUUUUUCGGAAGUGAUUGUUGAUGCCGCUGGGCGAAGGGCCGGGACCCCCGGUGGUGACGACGAAGCCCGAGCUCACGAACCCACGUCAGCCGAAGACUUGGGAGAAGUCAAGAAGGCCCACACACUCGCCAGGGAACUCUGGAAAUCGUGCCCUACGGUCCUCCAGAAUGUCAUUCCUCUGCUCGAGCACGAGCUUCUGGCCGACAACGGCGAACUCCGGAAGUUAGCGUGUGAAACCAUCGGUGAGAUGGCGCUGGAAGGAAACUUUGCGCAAUCUGCACCAGCGACGUGGAAAGCGUGGGCAAGUCGGGCAAAUGACAAAUCCCCCACAGUGCGCGCAUCGUGGGUGAGGGCUGCUGUAAACAUCCUCAAGACACGGAACGACCCCAUGGCUGUGCACAUGGUUGACCUCAUCGCAAUCAAACUGAACGAUCUGGACGAAAUCGUCCGGCACGCGGCGUGUUGUGCCUUGAGAUCUCUCGAUUAUGACUCCAUCACUUCCAAACUCGCGGCAGAUGAAUCGCCAUUUAAUCUGUUUGAUUCCACCAAUUCCAUUGUGGCCACGAGCGCUAUCCCUUUGAAACCCAGGGGUGGGACUGGGGCAGAUACCACAGGUUGGGGAAAGAAGAUACUCCAGACGUUGGCUGAGCGCGUGAGAGACAAGAAGAUUAACGUGCGCCUGGAGGGCAUGAGGUGUCUUGCUCGGAUGUGGGACAUGGCAUAUAAAGAUAUUUCCAACGGGAAUGAGGUCGUUUUUAAACAACUGGGCUGGAUUCCUAGUAAGAUUCUGGAUACAUUCUACAUCAAUGAUCCCGAAGUCAACAUGCUACUCGACCACGUACUGCACGAGAUAUUGCUUCCCGUCAACUACCCACCUAUACCCAUUGAAAAAGCAUCAGAACCGGACAAGACCAAUGGAACCAAAGGCAAGGGCAAGGGUAAGGAACUUACCAAUCAAGAGCGUGAAAAGGAAAUCUUGGAAGACGACAAGAUCCGCGUCAAGCGAUUACUUGUGUUGGUGAAGGGACUGGACACCAAAGCAAAGAAGGCACUCUUUGCUGUACCUCUUCGGCAGAUUUCUUAUGCUAAGGUCAUGGAAGUGUUCCUGAAGUCGUGCGAGGAAAACAAUGGUGGUGUCAUCGAAGCAGGUGUCGACGAGGCCACCGUGCAACUGAACUUGGAAAAGUUCUCGGCGUGGUUGGCGCAUAAACUUCCCGAGUCACACAAGGCCAAGGAGAACCUCCUGAGGCUGGCAAAACUACAUGACAGAAGAUGUUAUCAGCUCAUCCGAUUCUGCUUUAACCCGGACAGUGAUUACCGUACUGUGGUUAGGGCGCUAAAGGAGAUCAAGAAGCGCAUCAACGAGUCUGCGCAACCAAUGAUCCUGGACUCGCUCACACCAUUGCUCUAUCGCGUCUCACAGAUCAUCUACAACAAAUCGCAUGUCGCCCCGAUUGUCGAGUUCUCUCGCACGGAUGAGUGCUCACUUGGCAAUGCCGCACAUGAGGUUCUGAAAGAGAUGUCAAGCUCCAAUCCGGCGGUCUUCAAAGCCAACGUCAAGGCUCUCUCCGAUCUCCUCAAAGAACAGUCCCCUGGGUCUGGCUCUGCGAGAACGAGUAGCGCGGUGGAUACACUCAAAGCCUGCGCAGGCUUCGCCAAGAGCUAUCCAAAAGAUAUGCCCCAGGAGCGAAAGUUGCUUGAGGCGCUUGUUUCAUUCGCCCUCACCGGCCGCCCUCCCACGGCUGCGAAACAUGCUGUCACCAUCUUGAUGUACUCUGCCAACCGGAAGGAACUGUACGCGUCGGACUUGGUCCAGCGCUGUCUCAAGGACUUUGAGUUCGGAGAACAUCACUUUUUGGCAAAGCUCGCGUGUCUUUCACAACUGGUCUUAUUGGCGCCUGACCAAUGUGAGGACCACGCCAAAGCCAUUAAGGACAUAUGCACAGGCAUCAUCGUCGGGACCCGGACGGAGAGGCCUGCAAGUGAGGAAGACAAAGACAGCAAGAAAGUCUGGGCAGAAGAAACCGAGCUGGAUGAUGAGAUCAGAGCAAAAAUUCUUGCACUGCGAGUUCUUGUGAACCGCAUACGAGCACGUCCGGAUGCACAGCACAGGGACAGCCUCGGUGUUAUCAGAUCACUGAACCAUAUCGUCGCCAACGACGGUGAAGCAUUGAAGACGAAGACCACGCCGGCCGCUCAUCGAUCACGAAUGCGACUGGCCGCAGCCCAGCAUCUGCUAAAAUUGGCAACCAUCUCGGUCUUUGACGAAGUGAUUUCGGCGACGGACUUCAUCAGACUUGCGACGGUUGCUCAGGAUGGAUGUCUCCAGGUCCGUCGAGGGUUCAUGGAGAAGCUCCAGAAAUACCUGGCCGCCGGACAGCUACCGGCACGCUUCUACACCAUCGUAUUUUUGAUGGCUUACGAGCCCGAAGAUCGGUGGAGGGAAGAGGUUGCUACGUGGAUCCGAGCUCGCUCUAGCGCCAUCUCCAAGAAUAAGACAAGUCAUAACGUCGUGGAAGGUGUCUUUGCGCGCCUGAUGAGUCUGCUUGUGCACCACCCGGACUUUGGAACCCAAUACGAGGAUAUCAUGGACUUCGCGAAAUACAUCCUGUUCUACCUCCGGACGGUUGCCAACGGGGAGAACAUUUCUCUUAUUCACUACGUUGCUCAGAGAGCCAAACAAUUCCGUGAUAAACUGAGCCCCGAUAACUCGGAGAAUUUGUACUACAUUUCAGAACUCGCACAAUCCAUCAUCCGCCAUUACGGAGAAAUUCACAAAUGGACGAUCCAAACAUGGCCAGGCAAAAUGCGCCUUCCAGUGGCGUUGUAUGCGCCGAUGAUGAACCAGGAUGAGUCACACGAAGUCGCGCAAACGACGUACCUUCCCGAAGGCAUGGAUAAGAAGCUCGGGGCUCUCGUGCGGGCCAGUAGCAAGAACCCUACCUCCUUGUCGUCAGGCGCGAUCACCGGUUCCAGCAAGAAGCGGAAGAGCGAAAGUGCUGCGAUCACCCCCACCCCCACCACCACCAAACGAGUCAAGAAACCAAAGGUGGAAAAGACACCAUCUAAACCUUCCAAGAAGACAUCGACCAAGAAGCAGCGAGCCACAAAAGAGGACGGUACACCUCCGCCCACCAAGUCGAGCGAGCGGCGCCGCAGUGGUCGCCAGUCCGGCAGGAUCACCAGCUACAAGGAGGAGGAUGCCGAGACAGACGAGGAGGACUACGAGGAGGACGACAGUAGCGACGAGGAGAUGGAUGAUGCUUCCAACAGCGGGGAGAGCGAGGCUGAGCCCGAGCCUAAACCUAGGAAGUAUGAGGUCGAGGCCGAAAGCGAUCAAGAAAUGGACAAGACCCCGGCGCCCGAAGAGGAGAUGGAGGUUGAUGAGCCCGAGCCCGAGUCAGCCAAGAAGGAGGAAACCACUCCGGGCGCGCCUACUACAACUACUGUUGCCGUCGGCAAGAGGUCAACCCGCGGAAGUGGUAAGACCAACUCCAAGCCUGCUGAGCCCAAGAAAUCACAAACGGAGGUGGCCUUCGGUAGACGGAGCACCCGGGGCGCGAAGGGAAAGCAGCCGGAAAUUGCCGACGACGGCAGCGAGAGUAGCGAUCUUAGUGACGUGCCCGACGCCGAUGAAUGA